AUGGGCCGCUCCCCGGUCACCUUGUCCAGACUGAAGCUGGGGAGGCUAAAGGUGGUACGGCGGCAGCUGCUGCAGCGAUACGAACACCAGCCCUUCGUCUCCUGCCUGGCAGGUCUGUAUGGCUGCCAGUGGAGGCGCUAUCAGCGGGCACGAGCCCAGCCAGGGGAGUGCUGCUGUAGCAAGUUGGAGUGCAGCAGUUUCGGGCUCCUCAUCGUGACAUUUUUCCUGACGCUGGUGUUUCUGUACUUUUGGAGUGCAGCACAGAAUGACUUCAAUGAUUUUGAUUGGUUUAACUUUGGGAACCUGGGCUUCUGGUUCCCCUGGUCAGUGGUGCUGCUGGUCGUUGCUGCAGUGCUCUUCACCUACAUCGCCCUCCUGCUGUUACUGGCAGUAUGUCUUCUCUCAGAGGGGCAGAGACUCUACUUACAUUGGAGCCACAAGAUUGGUAUCCUGAUGACCCUUACCUUCUCCAUCAGUGCCACUGCUGUUCUCUCAGAUCUAUGGAGCAAAGAGUGGAAGACACUCCUCCUCUCCUUCCAGGUGACAGCACCUUUUCUACAUGUGGGCGGAGUCUUGCUCAUGACACUCCUGUCCUGGCCAAUAGCCUUACACUUCUUUCGCAUGAACAAGAGAGUGAGGCAGGUGGCUAUUCUCGGGCUGUACCUGGCUGUUCUCUUUGCUCUGUACCUGGUGCCAUUGGGCAUGUAUUCCCCUUGCAUUAAGGAGGAGGGCACACUGGGCUCAGCGCCCAUGCUCAUUGGACACAGAGGGGCACCCAUGUUGGCACCAGAGAAUACUCAGUUGUCCUUUGAGAAGGCUGUGGAGGUUGGAGGAGAGGGACUGGAGACUGAUGUCUCUAUCAGCUAUGAUGGAGUUCCCUUCCUCAUGCAUGACAUGACCCUACAAAGGACAACCAACGUUCACGACGUCUUCCCCAACCGCACGGGUACACCCGCCGCCAUGUUCACCUGGGCGGAGCUGGAGAGGCUCAGUGCAGGGGCCUGGUUCUUGCGGCGGGACCCUUUUGGCACUGUUCUGUCUCUCAGCCCAGAGGAGCGGGCUCUGGUAUGGAACCAGACCGUGCCCUCUCUGAGAGAGUUUCUGGACCUGGCGGCUCAGCACGGCAGGCUGGUGAUCUUUGACCUGAGGAGGCCUCCCCGUGGCCACCCCUACAGGGACACAUGGAUCACCCGCACGCUGGAGGUCCUCCACAACGAGUCCUACAUCAACUCCAGCCAGGUCCUGUGGUUGCCAUCAGAGCAGAGGGACCAUGUUCAGGAGCUGGACCCAGAGCUGCAGCAGACCUCAGGGGACCGCGCCUCCAUUGAGGAGCUGCAGGAGGAGAACAUUGUACGGCUUAACCUCCACUACAGCUCCAUGUCUCAGGAGCAGAUCAGAAAAUAUGCCUCGGUGAAUAUCAGCACUAACCUGUAUGUGGUGAGCCAGCCAUGGCUGUAUUCUUUGGCCUGGUGUGCCGGAGUCCAGUCCGUCACCACCAACGCCCUACAUCUCCUCAGAAACCUACAGCGCCCCCUGUUCCUCAUGACUCCAGAUGAGUACAGUCUGAUGUGGACCCUGACAGAUGUGGUCUCUGCCAUCCUCAUCACUCUAGUCUUUAUUUUCCACUGGUGGCGAGAGAGAGGUUUGCCUUUCUGGUCAGGCAGUAGACAGGUGCAUGAAAAUGGAUCUUACAGCAAGUUCAGGACAGAGCUGAGUGACGUCUGGUCGAUCUCCAGCCUCAGUGUGCGGGGAGAGGCACGGAGUGUGCCCACUUCGCCCAAUCUGCCUACCAUCUCAGAGGAACCCCCAGUCUGAGGUUUUAGAGACACACAGCAGGGCCUGCUGGCACAUCUAACCGUGGUUCAGUCGUAACCAUCCAUCCCACAGACCUGGUUCCAUCAAAGCUCUUUCAACCCUGUCUGCCACAACCUGAAGACAUGACAAAUGGAUGGCCACCCUGACUCUCACACACACACACACACACACACACACAAGGAGACAUGAUCUAUGCUGCCCAGCAAACGAUCAGAACUAAUCUGUUGAAGAGCAGAAGGUGUGUAUGAGGAAUGUCACAGCUGUUUUUGGCAUCUGUGCUGUACAGGGGUGGAAAAAGUACAAGUAGAAGUACUGCUACUAAAAAAAAUAUAUACUCUAGUAGAGAUAAAGUAUGCUUCCUGAGAAAUACUUAAGUAACAGUAAAAUAGUCACUCAUUUGAAAUUUACAAAAAUAGUUGUCAGUUUAACUCUACUUGGAGUACCUUUUUUAAGUAACAGUACUUCU